AGCUAACUUGAAGCACUUUUGUUUAUUGUUUUGUUUCUGAUCUUGUUGAAAAUGCUUGCUGAAAAUCGCAGACUAAACAACCAAGAAUUUAAUUAAUACAUUAAUAAUAGUACUUAGGAAUGUCCAACAACAAAGAUACACCGGAGCAUCUUCAAGCCCAAAACAUAAUCGUAAUCCAUCCAGGUUCGCUGUACCUUCGGAUGGGCCGAGCCUCCGAUGUAAAUCCCUGCCGCAUACUGCACGCAAUCGGCCGCCGUCGCAAACCGGGUGGACGAGCCUAUCGCGACAUAGUGCUUCCUGUACCGGUGGCCAGGCCUAAAGAAUCCCUGCCAGAGCUCGAAGAAUGCCGGCUACAGGUAUCGCAUACACUACAGUCAUGCGUUCAGUCUGAUGGCCGCCGAAGAUAUGCCACUCCACCGCAGCAGAUUUCCGCGUUCAAUCGUCGGUCAACGCCGGAAAUCGUUCACGCCUCGCGGGUAGAAUGGAAGGAUGAUCUGCCGGGGGAUAAAGUGUACGGGGACGAGGUGCUCUGGUUGAGUCCGGGCGGGGAGUUUAAUGUACACUACCCAAUCCGGAGGGGUGAGUUGAAUCUGCACAAGGAUGUUGGUGGAUCAAUGUCCGGAGUUAUGUGUGAUUUGCAGGAUAUUUGGGAGUAUGUGUUGAGGUAUCGGCUGCGAAUCGACCUGAAACAGUUGAAGCAGUACAAGGCGGUUUUGGUGAUUUCCGAUAUAUACAACAGGGCACAUUUGAAAGAAUUGACUUCGUUGUUGCUGAACAAGAUAGGUUUCGGAUGUUGCUUCCUGGUGCAAGAUCACGUGGCGGCAACGUUUGGUGCCGGUUUAGGUUACGCUUGCGUUGUGGACGUUGGUGAUCAGAAAACUUCGGUUUCUUGUGUGGAAGAUGGUAUUUCUCACCCGAACACAAGGGUACGGUUGGCAUACGGCGGAGCGGACAUAACGCAGACUUUCUACUGGAUGCUGCAGAAGUGUAGCUUUCCAUACAAAGAGUGUGAUCAGAGCCGUGCACAAGAUGCGUUUCUGCUAAAGCAGUUAAAAGAGGAUUUUUGCCAUGUCAAUUUGGAUGUGUGUGGAGCGCAGGAGAAGAAUUUUACCGUGCACCAACCCCAACAGGAGAAACGAAGAUUUACUCUACAAAUAGGCGACGAAGCCAUUGUCGCCCCUCUGGGGUUGUUUCACACUGAGCUGCUGGCCGUGACGGGUGCUAACAGAUCGGUGCCGAUCACGCAGAAGCCUUCGCGAGCGCAACCUCAUCCGGAGGAUUGCUUCGAUGCGGAGUAUCUGAGGGAAACUGGUCGGCGGGGGAAGGAGAAUUUGGAACAGACCGCGAAUGAGAGUGGCUUGGGCAAUGCGGAGAACGCAGAUGAGGACAUGGUUGUCGAAGGGUUGGAACAGGAGAAAGAGGGUAAGCUGAACGAGAAGGAUUUCAUACUGCCUGGUGGACAGAUAAUCGGAAUCGAUCAGGCCGUAUUGCAAAGUAUCGAACGAUGUCCUAACGAUGAACUGAAGCGCAAAAUGUACGGCUGCAUUCUUGUAGUCGGUGGCGGAAUGAAGUUUACAGGCAUUAGCAACUGGCUUCAGAAUCGCGUAGCGCUCAAGAUUCCGCUGAUGUAUCGUUCGGAGCACAACAUCGUAACCAGCUCGAAAGACAUUGAUGCGGAAAUCACGGCCUGGAAGGGAGCUGCCAUCAUGUCUUGUCUGGAGAGUGCCGCCGAACUGUGGCUGACCGAGACCGAGUGGACCCGCCACGGACUUCGAAUAUUGCGUGAGAAAGCGGUGUUCAUGUGGUGAGGCCUCAACAUGCGACUCCUUGUCGAUGUAAGUAAGUUCUAUAUUUUAUUUAUAAUAAGUAAUUGAAAUUCCUACAACGUAUUUCGCGUUGAACUUAUGGAAGAACAUUAUGACAGUAGGUGUGAGUUCGUCAACUCUACUAAUUCUAUAAUACAAGAUAUAUUAUUGCUGUAUUUAAAAA